AUGACUUUCUUCCCUGGAAAUGAUGCGUCUGAUCCACAUAAAUAUCCCAUCACUCACAACCGUCGCCCAGGUCUCACUAGGCGUGACUUAUUCCACUCCACGCCUAGCAAUGACAGCGAAAACGAUAGUGACAGAGUCAGCAAGCUCAGCAGGCGUGUACGGAAUUACGGACCCCUCACACAAAAAGCCAUUGAGGCAGUUAGCGGCCAACACCAAGGGAAGGCGCCAAGGAAGCCCCUGCAAAAACAUGGUCCCUUGAUCAUACCUUUUGCAAAGCCUGCGGCGAUCAAAGUCAAGCCAAGGCCUUUUCCGACCAGCACCUGGGCACCAAAUUCUGCGAGCAAAGUACGCUCCGACAAUGACCCUGGUAGCAGUUCUAGGUCUACCUCAGCAGCACCUUACGAACCACUCCAAGACCUUUCAGACAACAUGGAUGCAGUCAUUACAUCUGUAGAUGAGCAUGCCCUUGGAGGAACCAGCGUGAGUGUUCCAAAGCUGGUGAAAUACAUAAAGAAGUGGCGAGGUACAGUCAUCAAAGUCAUCCAUGCCAGUAAAACAGCCGAGGACCAGCGGAUCAAGGACCUGAAAGCACAACUAGAUUUCGAUCGCGAAAUCGAGCAAGUGCACCAAAACACGAUUAAUAGUCUUCUUGAUCAAGCAUGGUUGGCAGAGAUGCGCAAGAGUGAGCAGGAAUGGCAAACGAAGAUGGACGUGCAGCAGCAGAUGAUCAACUCUCAGCAGCCACCGAACAAAGCCCUCGUCCAGCCAUGCGCCACAGAUGCACAAUACCCAUGCUCCCAAGACAAGACCAGUGGCCGGAUCGAACAGAUGAACACGUCCGAGUCUACGCAUGCAGCUGUCACCACGCGACUGGAGACGCUUCAUGAAGACAAAGUCAGCUUCCUCGUUCAGAAGUCGAAGCAUCUGUCCAAUCUCAGCACACAGCCCUGUGGGGUGCAGGAAACUAAGGGUGAUGAAAGAGGCCACAAAGAAAACACUGUGAUGUCAAUGAUGCUGGACACGGCAUUGAUGCAGGGUGGUACGCCUAUGAGUGGCUGUACAAUUCACUUAGAGCCCUCAAGUCUGACGCGAAAAGACAAGAUAGUCACCAACAGCAAGCAAAAUAAUGAUCAUUAUGGAUCAGCUACAUACCCGGGAGAUAGAAUGUCUCCUGGCAAGCACAAGCUUGAAGAUGCUCACGGAGCCACGAGCAGUUGUGAGGAUGCUAGUUGGUCGCGCAAGAGGGCAAGGACUGAUGUGACCAAAUAA